AGACUUGAAUGUGUUGGUAGGUUGAACGGAGCGCAGAGCUCUUUAACCUUACAUUUAAAUUCAACAUAACAGUUAUUUAUUUACCAGUAGGGAUUUUUGUUAGGCUUUAAUCUGUCCGUCAUGGCGACUCCUCCCAAGAGAAGAUACACACAGUCUGACUUUAAUAACAGUUUUGAGAAGAGAGUGAAGAAGGUUUCUAUAGAGGGAAACAUCGCUGCAGGGAAGUCGACGUUUGUGCGGCUCCUGGAAAGGGAGUCUGAAGAAUGGGAGGUGAUACCUGAGCCCAUUGGGAAGUGGUGCAAUGUUCAGACUACAGAGAAUGAGUAUGAGGAGCUUAGCACAUCCCAGAAAAGUGGAGGCAACCUACUGCAGAUGUUGUAUGACAAGCCCAGCCGCUGGUCCUACACCUUCCAGAGCUACGCUUGCCUAAGCCGUGUUCGUGCCCAGCUCAACCCUCCAUCUGCCAAGCUGCAACAGGCUGAGAAACCCAUCCAAUUGUUUGAGCGCUCUGUCUACAGUGACAGAUAUAUUUUUGCUUCAAACCUUUUUGAGUCUGGAGACUUGAAUGAGACUGAAUGGUCAAUCUACCAGGAUUGGCAUGGCUGGCUCCUCUCUCAGUUUGAGUCUGAGAUUGAACUUGAUGCCAUGAUCUACCUGCGGGCAGAUCCAGAGAGAUGUAUGCAGCGUCUUAAACUCAGAGGCCGAGAAGAAGAACUGGGCAUUCCUCUGGAAUACUUGGAGCAGCUUCAUUAUAAGCACGAGUGUUGGCUCUACAACAGAACUACACAGCUUGAUUUUGAGUACCUGAAGGAUAUUCCUAUUCUUGUGCUGGAUGUUAACGAUGACUUUAAAAAUGACAGAAUAAAGCAGCAAGCAGUGAUUGAUCAGGUCAAUGAAUUCCUGUCUACACUUUGAGAAUGCAGCCAAACUGCAUUAGACAACUUGAUUUGUAAAUAGCUCUACCUUUUUAAAGAUGUAAUUUUUUUUUACAUGUUUGAUUUGUUUCUGAAAUAGGAAUACAUAGUAAUAGAUAUGUAUUCAAAUAUUACCAUUUUUACUGCCACAAACAUGGCAGACUUCAGAGAUCAACAGCCAGCUUUAUCAGGUCAAAAAGAUAACUUUGCUGUGUGUUUUUUAUUUCGUGUUUUAUGUGUUGAAUGAAUGUAAUGGUACAAAAUUUUACUACAAAUGUCACAGAUUUAUUUUUGAACUGUUUUAUUCAUGUCAUGGAUUUUUAGAAAUUGGUAUUAAUUGAAAUGUCCCAUGUUUAGCACUGUUUUACAGAUUGUACAUAUAUAUUUAUAUCUGGGUAUUAUUAAAAUCCCUGCAUUUGGUGCUAGCUAUGCAGAGAGUGCAUUGUGCCUUGUAAUUGUUCACUUUCAGACUAGUCAUGAUAUUAGAAUAUUAUAAAGUGUUGGAUGGUGCAGUAAUCUUAAGCACUAGCCCACCAUGGUUGAGCUCUCAAGUUUGAAUCCUGGGUGACUUGGCCGGGUAGCCAAAAGGGCACAAGCUGUCCUCUUUUAACCCUGCUUCUCGCCUCAUGGACCAAAUGUUUCCUGUGCAGUACUGUAAAUAUGUGUGUAUUUUAUAGAACUUUCACAAGGUGAUUUUUACAUUAAAUAAGUACAGGUCAUUUAAUUAAGUAAGUACAGUUCAUUUAAUUAAUAGUUUCCUGACUAUGAUGGGAGCUCCAAAUUAAAUAUGUAUAGCCCAAGCUAUAAAUAAUUACAUAAA